CGACGGGCGCGACAUGGCGGUGGCCGACUCCAGCUCCUUCGCGUCUCCCUCGUGCUGCCUGACGCGGCACCUGUACCUGCGCUGCCGCGUGGACUUCGGCGCGCGGGCGCUGCGGGGCACGGCGGCCUUCACCGCGCGCGCCGAGCGCGAGGCGCUGCGCUGCCUGGUGUUGGAUACAAAAGACGUACAGGUAUUUAAAGCGACCGUGAAUGGACAGGAUGCAACAUUUGUUUUUGGAGAAAAGCACAGUUUCAAGGGGACCCCCCUGGAGAUCAUGCUUCCGUUUGAACUAAGAAGGGGACAAGAAGCUAUUGUUGAAAUCUCUUUUGAAAGCUCUCCAAACUCUUCAGCUCUCCAAUGGUUUACUCCAGAGCAAACUUCUGGAAAGAAACACCCAUUUCUCUUCAGCCAGUGUCAGGCUAUCCACUGCAGGGCCAUCUUUCCAUGCCAAGACACACCUGCUGUGAAACUAACCUACUAUGCAGAGAUAUCAGUUCCUAAAGAGCUGGUGGCUCUUAUGAGUGCUAAUCGUGAUGGAGAGAUGCCUGACCCAGAGGACAGCAGUCAGAAGAUAUACUGUUUCAGUCAGAACGUUCCCAUACCUUGCUAUUUGAUUGCUUUAGUGGUUGGAGCUUUAGAAAGCAGAAAGAUUGGCCCAAGGACACUGGUGUGGGCUGAAAAGGAGCUAGUGGAUAAAUCAGCCUAUGAAUUUGCUGAGGCUGAAGCUAUGCUGAAAACAGCAGAAGAUUUAGCAGGACCCUACGUAUGGGGACAGUAUGAUUUGUUAGUCUUGCCACCUUCUUUUCCUUAUGGUGGUAUGGAGAAUCCUUGUCUUACUUUUGUAACUCCAACACUAUUGGCAGGUGACCGAUCACUGUCAAAUGUUAUUGCUCAUGAAAUCUCUCACAGUUGGACAGGAAACUUGGUAACAAAUAAAACAUGGGAGCAUUUUUGGCUGAAUGAGGGACAUACUGUAUACCUGGAACGCAGGAUUGGUGGUCGGUUGUUUGGUGAGCAGUUCAGGCACUUUCAAGCCCUAGGAGGAUGGAGGGAACUGCAGAAUACGAUAAAUACUCUUGGAGAUAAAAAUCCUGUAACUAACCUCAUCCCUAAUCUGAAUGAAGUAGAUCCUGAUGUUGCCUAUUCAUCUGUUCCAUAUGAGAAAGGCUUUGCUUUGCUUUUUUACCUUGAACAACUUCUUGGAGGACCAGAUAUCUUCAUUGGCUUCUUGAAGGCUUACGUUCAACAGUUCGCUUAUAAGAGCGUAAUAACGGAGGACUGGAAGAAGUUCUUAUACUCUUACUUCAAGGAUAAGGUAGAUGUUCUUGAUAAAGUUGAUUGGAACUCGUGGUUUCAUGCUCCAGGAAUGCCACCAGUGAUGCCUGUGUAUGACAUGACACUAGCAAAUGCUUGUGUUGCCUUGAGCCAAAGAUGGAUCAAAGCAAAAGAGAGUGAUUUGGGCUCAUUUAGCUCAGCAGACCUGAAGGAAAUGUCAUCUCAUCAGUUGAUUGAGUUCCUGGCCCUGUUGCUUCUGGAGUCUCCUCUUCCAGUGUCGCAUGUCCAGCGAAUGCAGCAAGUAUAUGACUUCAAUGCUAUAAACAAUUCUGAAAUAAGAUUCAGAUGGCUGAGACUCUGCAUCAAGGCCAGGUGGGAAGAAGCUAUUCCUCUGGCUCUAAAAAUGGCAACAGAUCAGGGCAGGAUGAAGUUUACUCGACCCUUGUUCAGGGACCUUUACAGUUUUGACAAGUGUCGAGAUCUGACUGUCAAGACAUUUCUGGAGCAUAGAGCCUCUAUGCACCCAGUCACUUCAAUGCUUGUGGGCAAAGACUUAAAACAGGAGCAGUGACAAAUUUAUUGAUUUUUUUUUUUUUUUUUUGAUGUUUUCUUGCUGCUGGAAGAGGAGACUGAUUCCACAAACUGUUGAUACGUGUGCUCAAUUACACCAUGAAAUGCUCUGCUGCUUUGGUACUAAUUUAGCUGAAAAUGAACUUUCCAAAUCAAGUUCAGUACUUCCUAUUUUGCGUUUACAAAUAAAACAGCAAAACUGCUAAAUCUCUGUAUCUGGGAGACUGGUUUUGUUACAAGUGAUUUUUAGAACGCACAGGAAAGCUGUUCCAAGACGUAGUCAUUUGUCUGUCAUGGAAUUUAAAAACAAGAAAAAUUAAUCGGUGAGUGAUAUGGCUCAUUGUGCACAGCUUUCUUUUUUGUAGCAACAUGCUUGAAGACUAAAAAAUAAAUCUUUACAUUGUCUA